AGAAGAAGCAGAAAAAAAGAAGCUAGCUUGAAGAAAAUUGUGUUGAAAAUUGUUAUUUUUUUUCUUCAUAUUAAAGCUGCAAAAGAGAGUUGUUCGGAGAAUUGUGAAAGUGUGUUGUAGUGCUCUCGAUAUAUCUUAUAUCGGUGGUAUAUUAUAUGAUAAUGAUCAUUAUACUUGGAUUACUUGUUGGCUGUAAUUUGGCCAGCAAUUUGGAUUAUCAUCAUCACAUAAGCAGCAUAGCAAAGCCGAAUAAUUGGCUGGAUUAGCAUAUAGAAUAAAUUUCAAAAUUAACAACAACAACAACGAAGACGAAGACUACAACUAAGACAACAAAAGCAGAAAACAAAGCCGAAGUUUUAGCAACGAGUAUUAUUUUAUUAUGAUGACGCCAGACUCGAAAGCAGCAGCAACAUCAACAGCAACAACAACAACAACAACAACAAUGGCGCAUACACAACAAAAGCCAGCAGUGACGCAGUUGUCAACGUUGGCGAAAGCAACAGCAGCAACAACAGCAACAACAACAGCAACAACAACAGCAACAGCAACUACAAAUGCCAACUCAAAAGCGGCCAAAAGCAUUGUCAGCAGCAAUGCAAAUAGUAAUAGCAAAAAGCUCUCUUUGUCUCGCAAAGCAGAUAAAAUAACAACACAAACAACAAACACCGCCACGAUGAAGACGCCGCCAAGUGUUGAUGAAAUUGCAAUAAAAAGUGAAAAUACAACAACAACAACUAAAUCUGUUGUAAACGCCAGAGUGAAUCUCAUAAAAAAGGAAUCAACACCUCCGGCAACGCCAUCAGCAACAACAAUUGCUAAUGCUAAUGUUGCCGCUGAUGAAACAACAACAACAACAACAUCUUCCUCUUCCUCUUCAUCAUCAUCCUCGUCGUCAUCUUCAUCAUCAUCUUCAUCAGCCAUCUCUGAUGGUGGCGCCUCAGCUGAUGAGGAGGCAUCUUCUGUCAAUCAUACAGAACCAGAGACAGAGGCAGAUUCAGAAGAGACUUCCUCUACAGCAGCAGCAGCAACAACCACAACAGCAACAACAACCACAGGCUCACCGCACCCUGUACUAUUAACAGCGGUUAAUCCUCACAUAAUCUGUCACUUGUGUCAGGGCUAUCUGAUCAAUGCCACAACAAUUGUGGAAUGCCUCCACUCAUUCUGUCACAGUUGCCUCAUUAAUCACCUGCGUAAGGAACGCUAUUGUCCACGCUGUGAGAUGGUUAUCAACAAUGCCAAACCGAAUAUCAAAUCGGACACCACGCUUCAGGCAAUUGUAUAUAAACUAGUGCCGGGUCUUUAUGAACGCGAACUGAUGCGCAAAAGAGCCUUCUACAAGGAUCGUCCUGAGGAGGCAGCCUUAGCCACGCCCGAACAGCGGGGCGAUGAUACUGAGCAUUUGAUAUUCAGUCCCUCGGAUGAUAUGUCACUAUCCUUGGAAUACGCGGAAUUAGGCGAAUUGAAUGCUGAAUCUGAAUUGGAAUUCGGUGAUACAUUACGUCCUAGAUAUUUGCAAUGUCCGGCCAUGUGCCGUGUGAGUCAUAUGAAGAAAUUUGUGUACGAUAAAUUUGAAAUUGAUGCACAACGCUUUAGUAUAGACAUUAUGUAUAAGGUGAAGACCAUUGUGCUAUUGGAUUACUAUACUCUUAUGGAUAUUGCCUAUAUCUAUACAUGGAAAAGGGAUGCACCCAUGCGUUUCUAUUUCCGGGUAUAUGAGACGCAACAACAACCCGCGUUGCCACCACCACCAACAUCAACAUCAAUAAUUUCAGCGCCAGGAGCAACGACGCCACGUCGCAUAUUGCCAUUAAAGCUAGAAAAACGAGAGAUUUCGCCACCAGCCGUAGUAAUUAAAGCGCCGUCGCCUUCUCCACCCUCCCAUCCUCCUGCUUCUUCACCAACACCACCCACACAGAAAGAGCAUGUGCCUAAUGCCGCUGUGGUAACCACCCCAACUGUCAGUCCAUCACACGCCCCACGUAUUAAGCAAGAGAAACAGGAAGAAUUUCGCAUUGCCACCAAGCAAUUGGCCUCGCCCACCGAACCGCUUAAGCUGGUCAUCAAUCGUACACACUACUCACCCCUAUCCAUUGCCUCAUCCGCCUCAAAGAUGUCUUCAAAGAGCAGUCAUCAUCAUCAUAAUCAACCACCAACAGCAACUACCGCCGCACCAUCCUCACCAGCUGCACCACAACCACCCAGUUCACCCAAAGAUGAGCCGAAUAUUAAACUGAAAAUUGAUUUGUCUAAACAGAAUAGUGUGACUAUUAUAAAUAUGAACGAUCCUGAACGUAAGGAAAUAGUUAAGCCUCUCAAACCGGAAAAGGAAUCACGUUCCAAGAGCAAGAAGGACAAGGAUGGCAGUCCCAAGACUUCACCAAGUUCCAGCAGUUCUUCGAAUGGUGAACGUAAGCGUAAGAGUCCCAGUCCAUUGACUGUGCCCCCGCUGACCAUAAGAACUGAGAGAAUUUUAAGUCCCAACGGUGUAAGCACUUUGAGUCCACGCAUAACCAGUGGAGGAUUAUCAGAGGAUCCCAAAUCAGCAUUCCUGAAAUCAUUCGCUCUAACGCCCAUCAAAGUGAAGGUGGAAUCACCCGAAAAGAUGUUGGCAUCAACACCAAGUAAACUCAUGAAGACCAAUGUUGAUGAUAGUUUGCUAAUGAAGCCACCAAGUUCAAUGCCACCCAAAUCGAUUGCCUCAUCCAAACGUAAGAGCAAAGAGCCGGUGAAAGCAAUAACCAAGAAACCAAAGUUAUCACCCCCCUUGCCACGUGAAGAUUUCAAGAUACGUUUGCCGGGAAGUCCAGCUGCAAAGAGUGAUGAUAAGCCACUGAUGCCGCCUCCAAUGAAACCACCAAUGAUUGCGCCACGCAAGCAACAACAGCAGCAGCAGCAGCAGCAACAACAGCAACUCCAGCAACAGUCAUCCGGACAAUUUCCGGUGCCAUCUUCACCACUGUUUCAGGGCAUGCAAAUGGCAGCUCCUGGCAAUCGUACACCGAUAGCCAAGCGGUAUCAGCCCAUCUUGCCCAAGGCAGCGCGACCCAAUCCUUUUGCCAAUAUACCCAACGAUGUCAAUCGUUUGCUUAAAGAUGCUGGCACUGAAAUCAAAUCCAUUAACAACUCCUCUCAUGCCAAUAAUAAGCCACAUGUGUAUGGACCCAAAACGGAUGCGAAAAUGGGUCCACCACCAGCUCCAGGACGUCAUGUGACCAAUGGUGGAAUUGCUAAGCCAACUAAUAAUCAUAACAAUAAUCAAGGCUCAACUUCAUCCUCCACCUCAUCGUCCUCCUCUGCUGCUGCUGGUGCUGCGGGAUUGAAUUCCAAGUCGAAUAACUAUUUGAAUUUGGCUUUGUUUAAUGCUAGCAAAUCCAAAGGCAAAGAGGCACCACCCGGCUGUCGGACACCCAUGUAUACACCAAAUUCACCAAUUUACUCACCAAGUUCACCACAAUAUGUGCCCAACUAUAAUAUACCCACCAUGCCCACGUACAAGUAUACACCAAAACCUUCGACUCAGGCUAGCAAUUAUUUGCAAAAUAUUUUGGGCAGCAGUUCCGGAGCAGCAGCAGGCAAUGGUGGGGGAUUAUCGGCAGGACUUUUCCCCUCACCACCAACCAAAGCGGAUCAGAAUACAAAUCCGGCCAAGAGUAAUACGCCACCAGCGGCGGCGGCGGGGGCUUCCUUUAAUCAGCGCAGUGCCAGCCCAAAUGAAGAUGCACCCGAGAAGCAACAGGUCAAGGUCAAGUCGUUGCUCAAUUCGUGCAACAUUAAUAUUCCCUCAUCGCUUUCGAUAACCAUAUCGCGGGAUAAUGGAGAUUCAUCGUCGGCCAGCAAUGGUGCUCAUCCCAAGCACAAGAGUCCGGUGAAUAAUUACAUAGAGAUUGUCAAAUUGCCCGAUCAGACGCCCAAUGCGGAGUCACAGAAGCGUCUCUCGCCACCGGCUCCACCAAUUUCAACGGCCUCAACAGGAGUUACAUCAUCUGCCCCCGCUCCAUCGGUGAUGAAAUUGCCGCCAGCUCCACCAUCCAAGACUAUACCAUCGCCGCAGCAUUUAAUGUCGCGUUUGACACCGCCACAACUUCCACCUGUCGCCGCCGCCAAUCCACCAAGAGUGAUAACACCGCCAAAAACUUCACCCACCAAUGUGAAGGCUACUCCCAUGAAGCCAGUGCUUACGCCCACUCAAGGGGGUGAUAAGAAGACACCGAGUCCAGAGAAGCGUAGUGCCAAUCAUUCACCUACAGCCAGUGAAAAUAAAUCACCAAAGUCGGCAGGUGGCUCAUCCUCCUCCUCCUCCUCCACAUCCAAUGGUGAUCCAGCAGCCAAAAAGUUUCGUCCCAUACUGCCACGUCAGAAUGCUUUGCCCGAAUUGGCACCCAAAUAUUCACCCCAAACCAAUCAACAGCAGCAGCAACAGGCACACAAUGUCUCCGCCGCUGUCAAUAACAAUAAUAACAGCAACAACAACAACAACAACAAUGUGAAUAAAAGCAAAGUCCAACCUAGCAAAAAGUCACCCAAUACACCAAAUGCUGCUGCCUCGGGUCAAAAGAUGAGUCCACCAGGUCAAAAACAAUCGCCUACACUGAAAAAGACGGCCAAGAAUUCCACAUCGACGCCGCCGAGUCAGAACAAAUUGAUGCCACAUCCUGGUCUAGCACCCUUGAGCAUUGCCUCGAGUGCUGCAGCUGCUGGCCAACUGGAUUUGAGUAACUUCCUCAAAGAGAAUCUAAUACGUGCCCAAGCCGCCCAAGUGGCAGCGGCCAAUCAAUCGAAUCUCUUGUUCAAUUUCGCUCAAAUCGGACAACUGCCUGCCAUGUACAACUAUCAGCAGGCCUGUUUCAUGGAGCAUCUCUCCCGGAUGCAACGUGCCGGCAACGAGGUGUUCAAUGACUAUCUUCAGAAGCUAAAGACAGCCGCCGGGGCGAAUGGCAACGGCAAUGGAAAUGUCGAUGUCGACUACAAACCGCCAGUUAUGCCCAUGCUGCCGACCGUCACCCUGCCCAGUUUAAGCAAUCCGGGAACGGCUGCAGCUAGUCCCAAGACUUCACCGUUGCCCACCGGAAAGCUAACGGCAGCAGCCACUCCUGCCUUGGCCCUGGGCGCCAAGGGGGGCAAUGCCGCUAGUCCGAGACAACAGACGGCGGCCACCAGUAAUGGCAAUCGUCCAUCUACUCCUCAUUCCACAACAGCCACACCCCCACCCCCGCCCGCUGCUGCUGCCGCCAAAAGCAAGUGAGCAACCCUUGUAUUUUGUUGGUCCCCAGUCAAGCGGAAGUUAAGUCCGUAUCCGGGCAAAGGUGUGAGCAGGCCGUUAAUAACGCCGUCGAGCACAAGGAAGGGGCCAGUCCUGCGGAAAGACAAACGGACAGGUCUAAUUAAUAUUUAAAGACUUUGUUUUUUUUUUCAUUUUUCGUUCUUCUUUGAUUUUUUGUUGCUUCUUCUCCUUGGCUUUGGAUGGGGCUUCAACCCAAACCUUCCUUCCUAAUUACUGUUGAGAGUUUUUUGUUUUUGAGAAAAAAAAAAGAAAGUAAAAAAACGUUAAA